CGUACGUGGUCGAGGGUCUUGCAGUGGAUCGAGGAGGAGGGAGUCCAAAACGACGUGGGGUGGGGUGGGUCGUCUCGUCUCUUCAAGUUUGGGAGUUGAAGAGAAGAGAAGAGGAGUUGGCGAUGGCCUCCACCGGUGACCCCCCCAACCCUAGCAGCACGCAGGCGCAGGCGCAGCAAGGAGAUCCCCAGCAGCAGCAGCUGGUCUUGGACGCCCCUCCGCCGGCGGUGAGAGAGGAUUACGUCCAGAACGCGGUCAAGUUCCUGUCCCAUCCCAAGGUCAGGGGCUCCCCCGUCCUCUACCGCCGCUCCUUCCUCGACAAGAAGGGCCUCACCAAGGACGAGAUCGAUGAGGCCUUCCGACGAGUCCCCGAUCCCCAACCCACCACCGCUACCCCCCCUUCUACUACCACUUCACACCACCACCAGGCCAGCCACCAGAACCAGUCCACCCUAGUGCAACCCCAUGCGCCAGUGCAAUCAGCAACAGCCCUUGCACCUGCUGGCUCUAUUAUUGUUGCCACAAGCCCAAAGUUCAGCUGGUACCGUGCAUUUGUUGCUGCAGGCCUAUUGCUUGGCUUUGGAGUUAGCACUGCUUUGUUUGUCAAGAAACUGCUCCUUCCUAGGCUUAAGUCUUGGAUCCGCAAGGUCGUAGCUGAAGGCGAUGAAAAUGACGGCGCACAACUUAAGUCCAAGAUCGACGACGAAACUGCUGAAGCUGUCAAAGCUUCUGCAUCUGCUGUUUCUUCUAUUGCUAAAACUAACCAACAACUGCUUGCUUCAAAGGACGAAGAAAAGAAGAUUCUUGUGACAUUAACACAAGCACUAGAUUCCCAAGCAAAAGAGUUAAAAUCGUUAUGCGACUCGUUGAAUCAUAGCAGGGAAUCUAUAAAUAUUACCAGGGAAGAUAGGUUUUCUCAGUACCGGGCAUUGGAAGAGCAUACCCCUUCUGCUGCAAGGAAUGGGCCAGCAAACGCUCCAUGGAGAGCAUCUCAGCAAACUAAUAUGUAUGGUGUGCCAAAUAGUGACUUUGUCUCAGGAAGGCCUUCAUUUGCGCCACAACAUAAUGAGAUUGCGCCUGGAUCAUUUACAAGAUCGUAUGUUGAGCAGACACCUGCUGCGCAGCGAGGGGAUAGAUCUUCAGGAAGUAAGCCAUGGGAGAUGCAGCAAUAUUCACAACAACAGAGGAUUGGGUAUGGAUCCAACAGCCAGUUGAGUGAUGACGGAUCAUCGUACCCUGAAGUUCAGGACAGCCAUUCGUACCACCAGAAUGGGAAGGCCCCGGAUUUUCAAGUUGAAGCAGAGGAUGCCAGGCCAUCCCCAUCGGUGUACAUCAGUGGGGUUGAGGAAAGGCCGGCGCCACCUCAGCGCCGCUGGGUUCCUCCACAGCCUCCAGCUGUUGUCAUGCCGGAGGCGGCUACUGCCAUACGUCAACCAAAUAAGUCUCUUGCAAAGCAACCGUCGAGCGAAGAAGCAUCUGAGGCGCAUGCCAACGGUGCUCCUGCAGGUUCGUCGUCUCUUGAAGAGGCAGUCAAUGGCAGUGACGCCGUGCGUAGCGAGAUCGAAGAACAAUCAUCGGAAGCCGUCUGAAACAUUUCAAUAGAAACUGGAGAAUCCGUCAACCAACGGCAACAAUUUGAUUUGGGAGAUGUUAAAUGUCCAGAAGCAUGAUAUGAUAUUUGGGUCAGCAGUACAGAAACACCUACUGAUAGCAAAAGAUGAGAUCAAACAAUCUUGUAUCUGUGAUUUCGAGUCUAUACAAUAAGAGAUGCUGCUAUUGUGAUACUACAUUAUAUGGACAUACACGGUGAUUAAACACACAGUUGGAACUCACCCUUGUUAA